AUGAAUGACAAGGCCAGCGUUUCCAAAGAGCUUAACGCCAAGCAUCGCAAGAUUUUAGAAGGACUUCUUAAAUUGCCAGAAAAUAGGGAAUGUGCUGAUUGCAAAUGCAAAGGUCCUCGAUGGGCUAGUGUGAACUUGGGCAUAUUUAUUUGCAUGCAAUGCUCUGGGAUCCACAGAAGUCUUGGAGUACAUAUAUCAAAGGUCAGAUCUGCUACACUCGACACAUGGCUCCCUGAACAGGUUGCAUUUAUUCAAUCCGUUGGAAACGAGAAAGCAAACAGUUACUGGGAGGCAGAGCUUCCGCCAAAUUACGAUAGAGUUGGGAUAGAAAAUUUUAUUCGUGCAAAGUAUGAAGAGAAGAGAUGGAUAUCAAAGGAUGGGAAACCCAAGUCCCCUGCAAUGGGAAUUGAAUCGCCAUCUUCCGGCCAGUGGCAAAAUCCAAGCAACAGAAGUGGGCAUGGGCAUGUAAACGAUUCCGGGAAGUUUUCAAAUGAAAAGAAGAAUGUUUCAGUAUCUAGUGCCAAAGAAAAUAGUCGUGCUGCCAGAAUGAGUGUGCCCAUGCCUCUUAAAUGGCCAGAACAAGUAGCUCCAUCUGUAGUUACCGAGAAACUGGAACCAGAUGCAACUGGUGAGCCGUUGAAACAGGUUGAAGACAUAGCGUCUCAGCCAAAGGUUGAUUAUGCUACUGAUCUCUUCAGUAUGCUUUCUAUGGAUAGUUCUGGUGAAAAUGCCACUGGAGCAUCUGGUGAUGAUAACAUGUGGGCUGGAUUUCAGUCUGCUGAUGCACCAUCGUCGUCAGAAAAGAUCCACUCUUCAGCAAAAAGUGAUGAAAACAAAUCACAGUCAGCAUCUGGACUCGAAGAUCUAUUUAAUGAUUCAUCAUCGAUUGAACCCAGUAUCACAUCUGUAAAAACUCAGAAGGACGUCAAAGGUGAUAUUAUGUCUCUUUUUGAGAAGACCAAUAUCGUCUCACCAUUUGCUCUUCACCAACAACAACUUGCUAUGCUGGCACAACAACAAUCUCUUCUAUUUGCUGCCGCAGCCAAUGCUUCCGGGGGAACGGCAAAAGUUCAUGGCAACACACAACUUGGGCUUAAUGGAAGCAACCAAAGCUGGCCGACUGUCGGUUACCACAUACCCGGGAUGACAAUGUCAGCAGCUGGGAAGAAUGAAUUAGAUAAAUACAUGCAGAUGGCUAGCAUAGGAACAACGGCAGCUCAUCAAGCAGGUGGAAACUCUUGUGCUGUCCCGAUGUCGAGUGCGUAUUCAGUUGGAGCUAAUGCUUCCAGUAAUGGCUGUACACCUUUGGUACCCGACAAAGAGUCCACAGCAUCACGUUCAUCUGCUUCUUCACCAGCAGGAAAAGAUUUCGAUUUUUCAUCUUUGACGCAAGAGUUUCUCUCGAAACGUUGA